AUGUGGUUGAGCAGGAGAGGUUUGGUUGGCUUGCUCGAGGCGAGAAGCUCGUCCGCUGCAGGUCUUCAUUGGAAAAGAGGAGAGCAGCAACAGCGGGCAGGGAAGCGAUGCCACUGCCAAUGGCUGGCUGACGCUGGCUUCGUCGACAUCAAGGAGGAGGCCAUCCGGUUACCCCUCAGCGGCUGGCCUGCAGAGGCACCCGGUCAAGACCUUGGCUGGUGGUUCAACCUUGGCGUCCAACGAGCCUGUCAACCACUCAGUUCGGCGCCCUUGAUUCGAGGUCAUAGCUGGGCCCUGGAUGAAAUCCCUGGCCUCUGGCUCGCCAGAGAUCCCCGCAACAUGGUCCCCUACAGCGUAGCGCUUCGAGCCCGUAUACUCCUCCUUUUACGGCACCCUUCGGGAACCCGAUAUCCUCUGGGACGUCCUCGAACCCGAAUCCGACCCGACCACGCGGCCGGCCACCAUCGUCGGCUACGAGCUCGCCAGCCAGGGCCAGUACCGGACGCCGUGGAAAAGACAGAUGGGCCAGCAAUUGCCGCAGAGGGUCGAAUCAAAACGCGGAGCUGA